UCUGCCAUCUGCACUGUGUUACACGGUUCACAGUUCACACCGUUUGGUUAAAUUUUUUAGGUUACAUUCAUUGGGUGCGGAAUUGCAUGCGUCACCUUACUAAUAUUUUUUCAUAAUAUUUCAAAACUAGAAUUAAUUACAAUGAAUAUGGCGGAUGGCGCAUUUAAUCGAAGUGAAAUUGUUGGGCUCGUGGUGAGAUUAUCGGUCGUUACGGCUAUCACCUAUAUCAGCAUCAGAUGUUUGAUGAACCAACUCGACCCAACUACCAAAUCAAAGAAGAAAGCGAAAAAGAAGGCUCAGGAACAUCUACGUAGAUUGGGAAUGACAGAAAAUGUUUCUUUAGCUAUUGAUCAGCUAACAGAUUAUGAGAUGAUGAUUGCUAGUCACCUGGUAGAUCCCAACGACAUUACAAUAUCUUGGGAAGAUAUAGCGGGACUGGAAAAUGUGAUCCAGGAACUCAGGGAAACUGUUAUUCUGCCAAUACAGCGAAAAGACCUUUUUGCUGAUUCACAACUGACCCAAGCACCUAAGGGUGUGCUGCUACAUGGUCCACCUGGGUGUGGAAAAACUCUGAUUGCAAAGGCAACUGCUAAAGAAGCAGGAACACGAUUCAUAAAUUUAGAUGUAAGCAUUUUGACUGACAAGUGGUAUGGAGAAAGUCAAAAGUUGGCAUCUGCUGUUUUUACAUUGGCUGUAAAACUUCAGCCAUGCAUCAUCUUCAUUGAUGAAAUUGAUUCGUUCCUUCGGAUGCGCAACACACAUGAUCACGAAGCUACAGCAAUGAUGAAAGCACAGUUUAUGUCACUAUGGGAUGGACUUAUCACAGACCCUACAUGUACUGUGAUUAUUAUGGGAGCUACAAACAGGCCACAAGAUCUAGACAAAGCUAUUCUGAGACGUAUGCCUGCAACCUUUCACAUUAGCAUGCCUAAUGUUGCGCAACGGGCCCAAGUCCUCAAACUUAUUCUUGAGAAGGAGCCAAUGGCGGAAGAGGUUGAUAUAGCCAGUUUGAGCAUAAUGACCGAUGGCUUUUCUGGUUCAGACUUACGAGAGCUCUGCCGAAACGCAUCUGUCUAUCGUGUCAGAGACUUCGUUCGUCAUCAUCAUGCACCUGCAACCAAUGCAUCUGCUGGUACGAGUACGGAUGACGAAGAAUAUCAUGACGCUUUGCGCCCCAUUACAAUGGAAGAUCUUGUGAUUUCCGUACAUAAAAUGAGGGACUCCAAAGUGCAUACAGGGACUCUUAAUGCUGUUAAACUUGAUUUAGAUUAGGAUGAAUCGUGUUUCUUCUUAAAUUCAACUACUCAAGUGUCUAGCAUACUCUGAUUCACCCAGUACUUCUUUUCCAUUUGUUGCCCUGAAUACAUCACGGAUUAGGACUCAGCACUUUGUAUUUCCUCUUCCAGGUGACAGUUCAGCGUAUGUGUAGAAUAGAUUUAUAUAGUAAAUAUCAAAGGGAUAUUCCUGUAAACGUUGUGAUAUACGAAAGCUUUUUAGUUGUUGCAUUUUCAACUAUAAAAUACGUGAAAAUUAGGAUUACCAUAGAGCAACCGUUUGUAUUUGAUCUUUGAAACAGAUAAGUAUUUUCUGUUUUUAAUUAUAAGUUUUUUUUUCCGGUGUAAACGUUGAAAAAUAGAAAAUUUAUGGGAAUACAAAUUUUUUACUUGGAUUGCGACUCUUUUAGCUGCCAUUAUGAGGUCAUUAGCCUUUAUUGUUAUGCGAGGCAUACCUCUCGAUUAUCGGGGUACAGUAAAUUUUAGAGCAGCUUUACGAC